AGCAGUUCUCUUAUUUACGAGCCAUCUGCUUGACUUCAAACAGGAAGUUGUCACGUCUUCAAAUUAUUUACUAUCAGCUCGCAACAUAACGGCCAACACAGGAAGAUAAGUCUACAAAAGUAAGAGCUACUUUGGUGAACACCAUGAAAAUCGCAUCUUUUAACAUCCAGCGCCUGGGUCCGACAAAGCUAUCGGACAAAAACAUAGUCAAGUAUCUCAUAAAGAUUUUCUCUCGCUAUGAUAUAAUCAUAAUGUUGGAAGUGGUGGACAAAACAGGCAAAGCCAUCGAGAAAUUUCUGAAGGAGCUGAACAGCACAGGAGCGAAUAAGAAACGUCCCUUCACUAUGAUCGGGAGCUCCAGACUGGGCCGAAGUCUUUAUAAAGAGCAGUUUGUCUGUUUCUACAGAGAAGAUGAAGCUAAACUGGUUGACACUUACCAAUACGAGGACAAUCAGGAAGGCGAUGAAGACGCAUUCUCUCGAGAACCUUUCAUUUUGCGUUUCAGCUGUAAACACACAGUGCUGAAAGAUUUGGUGUUGAUUCCUGUUCACACAAAGCCCAAAGAUUCACAGAAGGAGCUGGAUGAACUGUACGAUGUGUUUCUGCAGGUCAAGGAGAAAUGGAAGACAGAUAACGUCAUGAUCCUCGGUGACUUCAAUGCCGACGGUGCGUACGUCUCCAAGAAAAAGAUGAAGUCUAUCAGAAUCCGCACUGAUCCUGAUUUCCGUUGGCUGAUUGGGGAUGAUGUCGACACGACGGCCAGUCUCUCAAAUGACCACACCUACGACAGGAUUGUGGUGUAUAAAGAUGAUAUGUUUGAUGCUGUCGUGCCAGGAUCCGCAAAACCCUUUAACUUUCAACAAGCCUACAAGCUUUCUGAGGAAAUGGCACUGGACAUCAGUGAUCAUUAUCCAGUGGAGGUGAGUCUGAGAAAGAAGACUGCAGCAAAGACUGAGAGCAAAACCAAAACAAAGAAACGCAAAGCAUGAUGAGAUAUUAGUGUCCACUGUUCACGUUCUCAGUGCCUUUACAAAUGAACGAACUCACCACUCGUCUUCAGGAGAGAUGCUACCUCUUUAUUUAGAUAACCAGGGCAUUAAAGUUUUUUUAUAUAUAUAUUUUUAGAGACAAAUAUCACUCAAUAAUAUUAUUAUUGUUACAGUUUUGCUUUUCUCUACAAUUUUCAUUUUUUUGGAGUUUGCAAUAAAAGAAAGAAGUACUGAAAGAAAAACUUGUUUUCUCUUUAAAUGCUGUUUUAUAUUUGAGCAAUUUCGUUAUUUUAAAGAAUGAACCAUUUAUUUGUGUGUUGUUGGCCUGGUGUACAAUAAAGUAUAUAUGCCAAGCUAACAAAAAAUGUUGCAAGUUAGGAGACUUUUUUAAAGUUUAGCAUUACAAGUUGUAUUAUUUUGAGAAUCAUUUCAUUAUAAACCCUUUACAAGAACAAGAACAUUUAAAUAAUAAACUCACCAUUAUCAUGAUAAAGUCGUAGCAUAAACACAUAAAAAGUGAGGCCGUGGCAUAACCCCUGCAUUGUCUGGAUAUUAUCAAUACUAUAAAUGAUAAUUGUUACUGUGGAUUUUUGUAAAAAUUAUCUUAUAUACUAAUUCUUUAAAACACAUUUUAUAGAAAAAUUAAAACUACCAUAUUCACGCAAUAUUAUGCAAUAGAGGUCACAUGACCCCGUGGACCCAUUCUAUGGAUAAAACAAAACCGAUCCCUAUAAUGCAUUUUAAAUUGUGUCAGCCUAGUUAUUUUCAACAUUUUAAACUCUUUCAUGUAAUUUCAGGAUUACUAUAUUAAACAUAAACAUUAAACCCACAACAUGUUGAAAUAGUAAGGUUUGUAAGAUAUAAACAGUCCCGUGAACAGUCCGAUGUAUUUUUGUUUAC